AGUGGGUGCGGGCGGGCGCAAGCUAUGUGGGCUGCGCGCGUGCUGCGCGCUGCGCGCCCCGGGGCCCCCUUCGGCCACCGGGCGCAGUCGGCGCUGGCCCAACUGCGCCGCGUCCUGGAAGGGGAGCUGGAGGGCAUCCGCGAGGCUGGCACCUGGAAGAGCGAGCGGGUGAUUACAUCCCGCCAGGGGCCCCACAUCCACGUGGACGGAGUCUCAGGAGGAAUCCUUAACUUCUGUGCCAACAACUACCUGGGCCUGAGCAGCCACCCUGAGGUGAUCCAAGCCGGCCUGCAGGCCUUGGAGGAGUUUGGAGCCGGCCUCAGCUCUGUCCGCUUCAUCUGUGGGACCCAGAACAUCCACAAGAACCUGGAAGCAAAGAUCGCCUGCUUCCACCAGCGGGAGGACGCCAUCCUCUACCCCAGCUGUUUCGAUGCCAACGCUGGCCUCUUUGAGGCCCUGCUGACCCCAGAGGACGCAGUCCUGUCGGACGAGCUGAACCAUGCCUCCAUCAUCGACGGCAUCCGUCUGUGCAAGGCCCACAAGUACCGGUACCGCCACCUGGACAUGGCUGACCUGGAGGCCAAGCUGCAGGAGGCCCAGAAGCAUCGGUUGCGGCUGGUGGCCACUGACGGGGCCUUCUCCAUGGACGGUGACAUCGCGCCCCUGCAGGACAUCUGCCGCUUGGCCUCUCGAUAUGGUGCCCUGGUCUUCGUGGAUGAGUGCCACGCCACUGGCUUCCUGGGGCCGACCGGACGGGGCACCGACGAGCUGCUGGGUGUGAUGGACCAGGUCACCAUCAUCAACUCCACACUGGGGAAGGCGCUGGGUGGAGCUUCAGGGGGCUACACGACAGGGCCAGCGCCGCUGGUGUCCCUUCUGCGGCAGCGUGCCCGGCCCUACCUCUUCUCCAACAGCCUGCCACCGGCUGUCGUCGGCUGUGCCGCCAAGGCCCUGGAUCUGCUUAUGGAGAGCAAUGCCAUCAUCCAGUCAAUGGCUGCCAAGACCCACCGGUUCCGCAAUAAGAUGGAAGCCGCCGGCUUCACCAUCUCAGGAGCCGGUCAUCCUAUCUGCCCCGUGAUGCUGGGCGAUGCACGGCUGGCAUCUCGGAUGGCUGACGACAUGCUCAAGAGAGGUAUCUUCGUCAUCGGCUUCAGCUACCCUGUGGUCCCCAAGGGCAAGGCCCGGAUCCGCGUGCAGAUCUCAGCGGUGCACAGCGAGGAGGACAUCGACCGCUGCGUGCAGGCCUUCGUGGAGGUGGGGAGGCUGCACGGGGCGCUGCCCUGA